AUAUUCAGCUGGCAGAAAAAACAGAGGGGUGACAGUGGCAAAGGCAAGGGAUGCAUUGCCAAUGGGACUAAGAGAUGGGGACGGCUGACCAAGAAAAGCCAACCACAUCUCCAUGAAUCACCAAACCCUAACUCUCUCCACUCCUCUGCGUCGAUCGUCCGCUAUGGAGAUCUUCCUCUGAUCCUCUCCCUCCUUUUUCCUAUAUAUCAUCCUUUUUCAGUCGGAAACCCUAGAUUUUAUACGUGCCCGGAAUCAGAACUGCCGUAGAAGAAAACCCUAGCUUUCGCAGAUAUUCUGAAACUCUCGAAGAGUCAAAGCUUCUCGCCGCGUUUGCUCACGCGGUGAGGAUGUCGACUCCUGCAAGGAAGAGAUUGAUGAGGGAUUUCAAGAGGCUGCAGCAAGAUCCUCCUGCAGGCAUCAGUGGUGCACCUCAAGACAAUAAUAUAAUGCUUUGGAAUGCUGUUAUAUUUGGCCCUGAUGAUACUCCUUGGGAUGGAGGUACGUUUAAGUUGACCCUUCAGUUUUCAGAGGAUUAUCCGAAUAAGCCACCAACUGUUCGAUUUGUUUCUCGAAUGUUCCAUCCAAAUAUUUAUGCCGAUGGGAGUAUUUGUCUGGAUAUUCUACAGAACCAAUGGAGUCCAAUUUAUGAUGUAGCAGCUAUACUUACAUCAAUCCAGUCAUUGCUUUGUGAUCCAAAUCCAAACUCACCUGCAAACUCAGAAGCUGCGCGUAUGUUUAGUGAGAACAAGCGUGAAUAUAACAGGAGAGUACGUGAAAUUGUUGAACAGAGCUGGACAGCUGAUUGAUAUUUCCUGGUAGGGUGUUUUGGAUGCUUCUAGAAGUUUGAGAAAUGCCACAAGUGAUAUUGACACUCAUAAACCAUUGUACUGCAAGCACCCUUUGACUCGAUUACAUUGUUUGUUUGUUUUCCUUUGGGAAUGAAUAUUAGGUCAUUAUGUCGAUUUAUGGGGAAACCUGGCAAUGAUAGUUUACAUUGUAUUUUUCUCAA